GGCAGGCCCAGGGUGGGGAUGCCCUGAAAUAUUCGAGAGCGGGACCGUUCCUACUGAAGAGAAGUUUACAAGAACGCUCUGUCUGGGGCGGGCGAGGCCGCAGCUAGGCGGGUCCCGGAGCGAGAGCAGGGCGUGGACCGUGCGCCCCGGGUCGGGGGAGUCGGGGGCAGGAAGAGAGGGAGGAGACAGGGCUGGGGAGCGCCCGGCCGAGCGCCAGCCAGGCUCCUCCCGCUCCCGCGCCGCCUCCCUCUCCCCACCCGCCGCACGUACUAAGCAAGGCUCACAGCCCGCUGCGCUCGCCUCGCCGCCCCGCGUCUAGCUAGCCCAGCGUCCGCCGCGCCUUGGCCAAGGCUUCAACAGACCACACCAAAAUGCCAUCUCAAAUGGAACAUGCCAUGGAAACCAUGAUGUUUACAUUUCACAAAUUUGCUGGGGAUAAAGGCUACUUAACAAAGGAGGACCUGAGAGUACUCAUGGAAAAGGAGUUCCCCGGAUUUUUGGAAAAUCAAAAAGACCCUCUGGCUGUGGACAAAAUAAUGAAGGACCUGGACCAGUGCAGAGAUGGCAAAGUGGGCUUCCAGAGCUUCUUUUCCCUGAUUGCAGGCCUCACCAUUGCAUGCAAUGACUAUUUUGUAGUACACAUGAAGCAGAAGGGAAAGAAGUAGGCAGAAAUGAGCAAUUCCCCCGGCCCUGAUAAGAGUUGUCCCAAAGGGUCACUUAAGGAAUCUGCCCCACAGCUUCCCCCAUAUAAGGAUUUCAUGAGCAGAUCAGGACCCUUAGCAAGUGUACAAAUAAAAUCUAACUCCCAUUUGACGAGCAGAGAAAGAAAAGUUAAAUGCCAGACAAGCUUUUGAUUUUUGUAUUGUUUGCAUCCCCUUGCCCUCAAUAAAUAAGUUGUUUUUUAGUUCUGAA